AUGUUAGCAGCAUCUUUGAUCUGGGGAAUAGUGGUGAUACUAUGCUGUUGUUUUUGGUUUAUUCUGGGAAUAAGAAGGAGGCGUCCAGGUGAGCCGCCAGUGGAAAAUGGGCUACUUCCAUAUCUGGGCUGCGCUUUGCAAUUUGGUGCCAACCCUCUUGAAUUUCUCAAAGCAAGACAAAAGAAAUAUGGGCACAUUUUCACUUGCAAAGUGGCUGGAAAAUAUGUUCAUUUUCUCACUGACCCUUUUUCAUACCAUUCAGUGAUGCGCCAAGGAAGGCAUUUGGACUGGAAAAAGUUCCACUUCGCUGCUUCUGCAAAGGCUUUUGGACAUGGGAGUAUUGACCCACGUGAUGGAAACACCACUGAAAAUAUGCACCAGACUUUCAUUAGAACCCUGCAAGGUAAUGCCCUGAAUUCCCUCAUUGAAGCUAUGACGGAAAACCUACAAUAUGUCAUGCUGCAAUCAAGUACAUCUAAACUGCAUUCCAACAACUGGGUAACAGAUGGGCUUUACGCGUUCUGUUGCCGGGUGAUGUUUGAAUCUGGCUUUUUAACGCUUUUUGGUACAGAGUUUAAUUCAACCCAAGACAAGAAUCUAUCUCAGCGGGAAACCCAGAGAGCACUUAUUCUAAAUGCUCUUGAAAACUUCAAGGAGUUUGAUAAAAUCUUCCCAGCCCUUGUCGCAGGCGUGCCUAUCCAUGUGUUCAAGAGCGCCCACAAUGCACGGGAGAAGCUGGCAGAGGCUCUGUUCCAUGAGAACCUCAGAAAAAGGAACAACAUCUCUGAGCUCGUCACUCUCCGUAUGUUCUUAAAUGACACUCUGUCGACUUUUGAUGAUAAGGAAAAAGCAAAAACCCACCUGGCUGUACUAUGGGCUUCACAAGCUAACACAAUACCUGCUACUUUCUGGAGCUUAUUCUAUCUUAUUAGGAGCCCAGAAGCAAUGAAAGCAGCUACUGAAGAGGUGCAAAAAACACUGGGAAAUGCUGGUGAAAAGAUCGACUUAGAUGGCAAAUGUAUCUCCUUGAAUCGAAAACAACUGGAUAAUAUGCCAGUAUUAGAUAGUAUUAUCAAGGAAGCAAUGAGGUUGUCCAGUGCAUCCAUGACUGUCAGAGUUGCUAAGGAGGAUUUCACUUUGCAUUUGGAUAACGACUCCUACAACAUCCGCAAAGAUGACAUUGUAGCUCUUUAUCCUCAGCUGCUGCACUUUGAUCCAGACAUCUAUGCUGAUCCCUUGACAUUCAAGUAUGAUCGCUAUCUCGAUGAGAAUGGAGAAGAAAAGACUAUCUUCUAUCGCAACGGUCACAAGUUAAGAUAUUAUUACAUGCCAUUUGGAUCAGGAAUAGCAAAAUGUCCUGGAAGAUUAUUUGCUGUCCAUGAAAUCAAACAGUUUUUGACUUUGGUACUUUCAUACUUUGAAAUCGAGCUUCUUGACAGCAAUGUGCCAUGUCCUUCUUUAGACCAAUCCCGAGCAGGGCUGGGUAUUUUACAACCAACUAAUGACAUUCAUUUCAAGUACAGAUUAAAAUGUCUGUGAAUAUAUAAAACAUUUUACCUAUAGGGGAAAAAAAAUCAGUAUUCAGAUUAUCAUUGAUCUAAAAACCCUAAACAGAUUACACCAUAAUGCUAAUGCAAUGUGAACAUCACACAGUGCUGGUAGGGAUUACAGAAAUGGUUGUUUUUCCUUUCACCAGGGUUAUCAUAGGCAAACUGAGAUUUUUGUAUUGGGGAAUCAG